CACCUCUCAACUUUGAGAUUUGAGUAACUCAAUAGAAAGCAAUUACAGAGUACAAUAAAAAGGGGGAGAUGUAAACUGAUUAGUUUUUAUAACCCUGAACAAUCUGAAAAAUUACAUGUUCAACAAAAAUAUCUGAACUGUUGGAACAGUCAAAGGGACAAUUUAAUUCAUAAGCCCACCAAACCACUAACAGCAAAUGGCAGCAUCCAGAAAAUAUGUGAACUAUUCCAUAUCCUGUGGCUCAGCUGAAGAUUUUGAACAUAGUUGUGUCCCCUGCUUAUCUGAUGGCCAGCACCUGGAAGCAUGUGCAUUCUGCGUGGAAUGUGACGAACACCUGUGCAAUACCUGUCUACAAUGUCACAGAAAAACCAAAGCGUCAAAACAUCACCAGUUACUCACUGGGAAAAUUAUGAACAUGCAUUUGGAAUCAGCUAAAACCACAGAAGUUAUUUUCGAGAAAUGUGCUACACACAACGAUGCAAAGAUCAAAUUUUACUGCAAUCAACAUGAUUUCCUUGGUUGUUCUGAAUGUUUUACACAUAAUCACAAGAAAUGUGACCUGGAUUAUUUACCUGAAAAAUGUAAAAAUAUAGAUCAGGAGUACACAGAUAUCAGAAAGAAAUUGAAAAAGAAACUUAGCGAUGCUGAGGAUGUAAUGCAAAAGGCUGAAUAUACAGACAACCAGAUAGAAGAGAGCUACGUUUCAGUUGUAGAGAAAAUAAACAUAUUUAGAGAAGAGAUAGAUAACCAGUUAGAUGCUAUCCAAAAGAAGACUGAGACAAAUGCCUGCGAAAUGAAAGCAAAAAAUGAACAGAAAGUGAAAGAUGUAACUAUAUCAUGUGAAGAGUACAUAUCAGAGAUGGAGAAGCUGCAGACCAGUCUGAGACGAAACAAUACAAGAAAACAAAUUUGUAAAUUGUUCCUUAAUAUACAGAAAGCAAAAUCUACCUUACAAUCAGAGGAAGUACAAAAUGUUGAAAAAUCAUUAUAUAACAUAAACACUCAAUUUAGUAUGGAAUGCUACAGCAAAGAUUUUUCAAAGGUUUUCCUUGUACAAAGUUUUGGUGACUUGAAAGAAUUAUCAACAGUUGUGGAAACACCAAGUCCAAGAGCAGAUUAUGAAUCCAACUUGGGACCUUUUGCUGACAAAGCAAAUGUGGAAACACCAAAUCUUGAUACAGACUUUAAACUGAAUCAUCUAAACUAUGAAGGACAUCUUGAUGUAAGAUCGGGAACUGAUGUUGUCUGUAAUAUUAUAGCUUGUGCCGUGGUAUCUCCAGACAAGCUUGUGCUGGCUGAUGACAGCAAUGACAAGAUAAAACUUGUGGACUUAACAACAAAUACUGUAACAGAUGAGGUUUCUACAGACAGGCAUAUUCAUGAUGUUACUGCCCUACCUGGGGAGCGAGUUGCAGUGACAGUAGGCAAUAAGGUAACUUUCGUCUCAGCAUCGGAAAAACUGGAAAUUUACAAUAUCACUCCUCUUAUAUCUGAAUGCAGAGGGAUAUCAUAUAAUGGGAAUUCUUUAUAUGUGGUGUGUUUGAAUCCAGACAGAAUAAUUGAACUGGAUGUGUAUGGUGUUUACAAGCAAACAAUCUCACUGAAUUUUGAAGGUGUGGAUCACAUAACUACCAGUCCAGAUCACAAGUUUCUAUAUCUGAGUUACUACUGUAUCACUUAUUGCAAAAAUGUAAUUGUUCGUAAAACAACACAAGGUGAAGAGUCUGUAUUCAGCAGCAAACAGAUCAGGGGACCUUUGGGAAUGAAGGUACUGGAUGAUGGCUCUGUACUGGUGUGCUCAUUCUACAACCAAUCAAUUCAUCAUAUUGAUGCAGACUUCAAACAUGGCAGGAGGAUAGAUGGUGUGCACAAUCCUCAGGGUAUAGGCUAUAAUAAAACCACUAGGAAAGUGUAUGUCUGUCUCAGCAACAGUAAUAAAUUGACAAUUUUCAGUGUACAGUAGCAUCAAGGAUUAUAAACUACAUCAUGGCCGGUGCAAGGACUGAAGGAGAACUUUGACAGUAGAUUUAUUAUAGAAAUUAUUCUCCUUUUUUUCUCAGUUUUACACAUGUAGAGAAUUUGUAAAUUAUGUGCCAAGUAAUGACUGUUACUUUGAGUAUGUCAAAUGUUUCUGUUUCCAACAGAACCACUUACAGUGAAAUUUAGUCCCAUUUCAACAAAUUGUUUAAAGUUUUUUCAUCAGAGGCACCACCCACAAAUUUAACCAAAGCAACAUACAAGCUUUUAGAGUCAACUAGGUAUUACCCCAUCAUUAAAUGUUUUGUUUAAUCUAAGUAUUAGCUUAUAAAACUGAUCUUUUUAUUUUAAAACACAUUACUCAAUGACUUUCAUUUCAACUGUAUACUAGCAUUCAUGCAUUCCAGUUCUAAUUUCUUAACAAUUACUAACUUUGCAAACAUUUGUUAACCCUUAUUAUGCUGAACACGAUUGAUUCUGUCUUUGCGACCAGUGCAGAUCAUGAUCAGCUUACACAUCUAUGCAGUCUGAUUGUGAUCUACACUGUUUGCCAUUCAGUCAGUAUCUUUUUGGUAUGCACCACUUUUAACAGUUACUGGUACUGUCCAAAUUGAAAGAUGGACAAGUUCAUUAUAAAAAUAUAGCAGGAUAAGGGUUAACUUAUUUGAUGAAAUUUUGAUGAAAGGCAUCAUAAUUAAGUUUCCUAGCAUAAAAAGUAGUCUGCAGAAAACAUUUUAUCAUUUUCUUUACUUAAGUGUAAGUGCUGUACAUUUGUAUUUUUUAACAAAACAUCUUUUUAAAAGUGCUGUAUUUUUUUAACAAAAUGUCUAUCUGGUUGAUAACAGAUGUAAUGGAUGACAUCACAUGUAAAGCCUGUUAUGUUUUUAACGUGAAAUACCUCAUGUUACAGCGUAUGUAAUAUGUAUCAACCACCAUUUAGCAAAUAAUAUUUCCUAUGACCACUAAAUUCAGUUAUCUGGAUUUAACUAUAAGCUGUGAUAUCUUGUGACCAAUCAAAUCAAAUUUCUUUUACGAAAUAAAAUUGGAGUUAUGAUAAAUACAACAAUACAGGACUUCUGAAUUUCUCUCUGUGUAUAUUUAGUUAAGAGGUUUUAAACAAGCUCAUAUUGUAUUGCCAAUCUACCAUCUCUGAAUCACCUUUUGUUGACAUUGAAUGUGUUAAAUCUAGGCUUUCUUUUAAACAUCUUCUAUCAGUUAUUCUUGCUGCUAUGUAUAUAUUUAUAACAUAUUUCAUAUGUAAAUAUACAUUUUAAGUUUUAAAAUACUUUUUAAGACAUAAUCAUUUACACAAUGAAGUUCUAUUAAUAUAGCAAUUUUGAAACAUUAAUUUCAUUAUAACAUGUAAUAACUUAUUUCGAAUGUACAUUU